UCAGUAAAGGAGUCAAAUGAGUAGAUCAGGACAGAGACAGAGAGCAGAUAUCAACUAAGACUUAGAGUUUGCAGGAAAGAGAAGAGAGCAUUGAGAGAGUUUAAACAGUACAGUUAUAACACAUUGAGACAAGAGGAAACAGAAUGGAACAAUAAUACAGCCAGUUUUAGGGUUCAGGGAUAACGAUAUAGUGUCCAAGGGGGGAGUUUACGAUUUUGUUUUUAGGGGGGGGACAGGUGGAAUGAGCAGCAGUGUCUUGAGGAGUACAGGAGUAUUGUCAGGAGCCAUAUAGAACAACCAGAGAGAUGGGAAAGACAUGGAUUAUAGGAGUCAUCUCUCUCCUGGCUGUUUCUGCAACCUGGAGCUUAGAAACAGGAUAUAACCACAACAUUUCUGUGAUCUCUCACACUUCCCCUUUCCUCACCUUCGCUGUGCCUCUAGGCCUACAACACAGAGUCAUUGCUGCCAGGAGUGAACAUUUCCACCUGGGGAAUAAUGCCAUCUUAAAGUGCAGCAAUAAGACUUGGAGUGAGAUGAUCUACACCAUCUGGAAAAUAAAACUGGAUGGAAUAACGUGUCAAAUAUCAUCUAGUAAUGAUAACCAAAAUCUGAACACAUGCAAUGAUGGAAAAGCCAUGCUCAACACAUCCAGGGGUGAAUCCUACCUACAGAUUCCAGAGUUCUCAAAGAGAGAUGAGGGAAUCUACCAGUGUGAGUCGGUGUACAAAGCAGGAAGCUACGCCUCAAACAUUGAUGUAUCACUAAUAGCCCCUCCCAGUGUGUCUGCCUGGCUAGAGUGGGAGGGCAGUAGGCAGGUGGCUGUGUGUUUGGCUGAAGGGGGGAAACCAGCUGCCUCCAUCUGCUGGAGUGAAACAUGGAACUCUACUUCAACCACCACAUUGAACCUAGAUGGCUUCAACACAGUAGAGAGUCGAUUGGUCCUGCCCGAGGGGAUUGCUAUGGGCAACCUGACUUGUGCUGUCAUACAUCCCUCCUGGGAGGAGGUGCAUAUGGUGACACCAGGAGUCGUCAUACCCUGGCGAUUAGUCAUAAUCUCCAUGGGAACUAUAAGCUUCAUCAUGGCUAUUCUGGGGGGUUUAUACUUCACACGAAAAAACCCCUGCAGAAUUAGUCCCGAGGCUCCUCCGUCACAGGACUAUGUGGAGGAAGUAGAACCCUACGCCAUCUAUACACCAAAGUGUCAAUUUAAUCUACAACUCCUCUGCAGACCUGUUCACAUAACACACACACACACCUCUGCACGCCACUCUGAGAACAUUGAGGUUGAAGAAACUGAUCCAGUAAACAGGGGAAUGAUGGAGGACAUGACACAGGGCUUCUGUUACAAAAGGAAAACCUCACAGAUCUGAUCACUCCUGACUGACGUGAGAAAAUGGCCAAAAACAGACUUUUCUACAACCAAAGAGAUGUGGGCAGAUGAGAGAUGCUCUUUCCAGUUUAGCAUUUUCAUAACGAGAACUAUGACUUGCUGUGUAGUCAGCACAACUGUAUACCACUGCUCUCAUAACACACGUUUGACUGUUCCCACACUCCUGUCAUCUGCAAAUCAUGGGGAAGAGUGCAAUAUUGAGAUGUUUAAUCAAAAUCUCAAUUUAUAUAAUACUGAUGUGUAAUUACAGAGUUUUUGUUGAGUGUGUAUUUAUGAUUGAAUUUAGAUAUCAAGUUUAUUAUAUAAUAAAAACAGAUUCUUUACAUUUUAAACCUACAUCCAGAGUUAAUGGGGAAAGGAUUUGAAGUACACACAACAUUCUCUGUGGUUACAUUCAUGAGACAAAAGUUUGACUCUGAGAACUAAGAUAACAACUAAACUUUUGAAUUUAAUCAAUUGCUUUUGAGUUGGAAAACGUGUGUUUGCAGUGGUGGAAAAAGUACUCAAAUGUCAUACUUGAGUAAAACUAAA